ACUUUAACACGCAGUAUCUCGAUGAAAAAUGGCUUCUGAAGAGCGCUCUUUUGACUAGACGGGCAAGGCUAAUAUGACAUAGUUCCUCUUGACUAUCUUUAUGUUCAUCGUUUCGCGCAAAUUUCACAACUCGUUUGGCAUUUCCGGCACAGAGGUUACUGGCACAGAAUCGCAACAAAAGGCAGCAGCCCGUAAAGGUUGGGAAUGGUGGCCUUCUAUUGUUUGGCAACUAGUCUGGGCUUGGGCCAUCGCUCCCAUUAUUCUAUGGAAGUCUCGAAACAUCCGCGAUACCCAAGGAUGGAGAGUUCAAACUAUUGCCUGCUGUUUGGCUAACCUCCACGCCGCUCCAAUGUGGCUUAUCGCUCUCUAUAUCCCUGCCAUGGCACCCGUUAAUAGUGUUUUCGUUCCCCCUCAAUGGAUCGCCCUCUCCAUUAUGAUUCUUGAGAUCUUUACUAUCUUCCUUCCCUGCUGGGAGGUCUUCAAACACCAGUCCCUUCGACAAGAAACCCUUGAUAUCAUUACUCAGUGGGAGUCUAAUAAGACCCUAGCGCAGGGCAGCGCGAAAUCUAUUACCACUAGAUCGACGACAGUGGCAGGCUCAUCGCGGACUGCUUGGUCCAAGGACGGGUCUAUCAAAAGUCAGAUCUCUAGUGAAAGUAUUUUUACUAUGGGCGCUCUUGAAUAUGUCCUUGAACGGAACCCAGAGCCCCUUCAACAGUUUUCUGCCCUUCGAGAUUUUUCCGGCGAGAAUAUUGCUUUCCUUAGAGCUAUCGCUGAGUGGAAAUCAUCUCUUCCUGCCUCUGUCCGAAGUCCAAAGAACCAAGAGGAUUCUGCCACUCAAGAACUUGUACAUGAACGAUUCAACAGCGCGCUUCGCAUCUAUGCCAACUUUGUCAGCGCUCAAUAUGCCGAAUUCCAAGUGAACCUCUCCUCUCACGACAUAAAAAAGCUCGAGAAUGUAUUUGAGGCCUCGGCUAGGACUCUUUAUGGAGAGAAACGCGCAGUAGACCCCGCUCUGCCCUUCGAAUCAUUCAUGAUGACCACACCAGCCAAUGUCAACUCUUCUGGUGCGUCUGCCCAUGGAUCCGAAAACGGAAUCAUCACUGCUUCGAUAGAAGUUAAUGAUAGGACUCUCUACUGGGGAGAUAUCGCAGAGGAUUUUGAUGGCAGCAUCUUUGAUGCUGCUGAGGCCAGUAUCAAAUAUCUGGUCUUGACAAAUACUUGGCCCAAGUUCGUCAAGGACAAGCACUGUUCUUUAGAAUCUACCGAGAACCUGGAGUCGGGAAACGUUAUUCUGACCACUAGGUCUAAGUAAGUGUGUAAAUUUGUCGAGUUUAGACUUCACCUUAGAAGCCUUAACUAACUCGAGAUAUCAUUACUGCUAUUUACAUGUAUGAUGUAAUGAUGAACAGUA